CUGAACGAUUGUCGGAUAAUUCGGACUUUGGCUCCCGAUUGUUUCAUUUGAAACAGGCUCUAUGCAAACCGACAUCGUUGGCAUCCUGUUGUUUGGAGUGUCAGUGGUGGUAACCAUGUUUAAUGUGUCAGAGGAGGAGCGGGCCCACUGUCCCCUUGGCUACUUCCCGUGCGGUAACCUGAGUGCCUGCCUGCCUCAGCUUCUGCACUGCAACGGGGUGGAUGACUGCGGAAACCAGGCCGACGAGGAGAACUGUGGAGACAACAAUGGCUGGCCUCAUUUGUUCGACAAAUACUUUGGGAUUCCAAGUAACGACCUCGGAACCAAAUCUAAUGCUUGUUUACUUGGGCUUGUUCCAGUGGAAUGUCAGUGCCGGGACUUGGAGCUUGACUGUGAUGGUGCUUACUUUAAAGAUGUCCCUGCAGUAUCCAUUAAUGUCACCAUGAUGUCUUUGCAGAGGAACCAGCUAAGGAAACUGAAUGCUGACAUGUUCAUUAAGUACCUAAGCCUUCAGAAGCUGUACCUACAGCACAACCGGAUAAGAACUGUCGAACCCCAUGCUUUCCGGGGCCUUUACAACCUGACACGCCUAUAUUUGAGUCAUAAUCGAAUCUCCAGACUAAUGCCAGGAGUGUUUCAGGAUCUGCACAAGCUGGAGUGGCUGAUUCUGGAAAACAACCAAAUCCAGCACAUAUCCUCUGUCACCUUCUUUGGCUUACGCUCUCUCGUGCUGCUGGUCCUCUUGAACAAUGCGCUGACGGAGCUGGAGGAUAUAUGCCUGGAGAUGCCACGAUUGAAUUGGCUAGACAUGGAGGGGAAUCAGAUAGAAAUUGUGGAAAAUAUGACAUUCUGGUCCUGUAGCAUGCUUACUGUACUCGUCCUCCAGAGGAACAGAAUUAGUUACAUCCAUGAACAGGCUUUCUCCCUACUCAAUAAAUUGGGCGAGCUAGACUUAUCCAGUAACAGAAUUGAGACGAUUCCACACAAUCUUUUCAUAAAUCUGGGUGACUUGUUGCAGCUAAAUAUUUCAUACAACCCAAUUCUGGACCUGCAAAUGGAUCAUUUUGACCAACUGAAUAAAUUAAAGUCAUUGAGCAUUGAAGGGGUCGAAAUUGGGAACAUUCACAGACGGAUGUUUGAGCCCCUCAAAAACCUUACACACAUCUACUUUAAGAAGUUCCAGUACUGCGGCUAUGCCCCACACGUGCGCAGCUGCAAGCCCAACACAGAUGGCAUUUCGUCAUUCGAGGACCUGCUGGCCAACAUUGUGCUGCGUGUCUUUGUCUGGGUCGUCUCUGCCACUACCUGCUUUGGCAACAUCUUUGUCAUCUGCAUGCGCUCGUAUAUCCGCUCGGAGAACAAGCUCCACGCCAUGUGCAUCAUCUCUUUGUGCUGUGCUGAUGGCUUAAUGGGCGUCUACCUGUUCAUGAUCGGGGCAUAUGACCUGAAGUUCCGGGGCGAGUACAACCGCCAUGCACAAGCAUGGAUGGACAGCGUGCCGUGCCAGGUAGUGGGCUCUCUGGCCAUGCUGUCCACAGAGGUCUCCGUCCUGCUCCUCACCUACCUCACCUUGGAGAAGUACAUCUGCAUCGUCUACCCCUUCCGCUACCUGGCACCUGGCCGCCGACGAACUGUCACCAUUCUGGUGGCCAUCUGGAUCCUGGGUUGCAUUAUUGCCUUCCUGCCGCUGGCAUGGAAAGGAGUGUUCAGGAACUUCUAUGGGACUAAUGGGGUAUGCUUCCCCCUGCACUCAGAGCAGCGUGAGUCUGUAGGAGCACAGAUCUACUCCAUAGUCAUCUUUUUGGGCCUGAACCUAGUGGCAUUCCUCAUCAUUGUGCUGUCCUAUGGAAGCAUGUUUUAUAACAUCCAGAGAACCGGGACACAGACGACCAAGUACAGCAACCACAUUAAGAAGGAGUUAACGAUAGCCAAGCGCUUCUUCUCCAUCGUUAUCACAGAUUCCCUUUGCUGGAUACCCAUUUUCAUCCUAAAGAUCUUGUCACUUAUGGAAGUUGAAAUUCCAGGAACAAUCAGCUCGUGGGUGGUCAUCUUCAUCUUGCCCAUAAACAGUGCCCUGAACCCUAUCCUCUACACGCUGACCACACGACCCUUCAAGGAGACCCUGCUGCAGGUGUGGUCCAACUACAGGCAGCGCAGAGCCCUGCUCAGCACCCGACCACCCCACAUGCCUUCUUGCACCUGGCAGGAAAUGUGGCCCCUCAGAGAGAACUUAGCCUCACCUGAGUACCUGUCCCAUCGUUCUGAAAUGUCCUGCACCUUGGCAACAUGCCAGCUUAUGCCAGCAGAGGACACGAACGGGACAUGA